AGUAACUCAGUAACCACGGAUAAAUGUUUACUUAACAAUUAUUAUAAAAAUAAGUAGACUUGAUUUUGCUCAAACUUCAUUCGGCGUUUUUUUAAUGAUAAUGGAAUCGUCAAAAAAAAUUACGCCUGUCUUAACUGUAUCAUCAGUGGCAAUGAUAAUCGGCAUAAUAAUGCGACAAGUGGAAUGGUCGUCUCUGCUUCCACAAAGAGGAUCGCAGAUUUUUUCAUCAUCGAUUUCUGGCGAUGGCCCGUGGUGGUCAUUUUCACCAGUCUUAUUCGUAUUUGGUGCCAUACACGGUGCAUUGCUCGCGGGGCUUGGUUGGAGGCGUUUUUGCAACCGACUUGGCAUGGUGUUUUUCGACGCAAUUUUGAUCGUUGGUUUGUUUGCCGUUAGUUUUCCUGUCAGAUCGACAGAGCUGAUGGUCGUUGGUAGAUUAUUACUCGGCACUGGUUCAGGCGGUUUGUCCGCUAUCGUACCUGCAUACGUUGGUGAAAUUUCGCAUCCGAAAUUCCGAGGCAGAUUAAGUGCAUUGUUUCCUAUGAUCAUGGUUAUGGGCGUCAUGAUAUCUGACGUGUUUGGCCCAUUCAAACAAUAUGAUUAUCAGCAACCUUUCAACAUAUCGUUCAACGUAUUUUGUUGCUCGAUCAUUAUAUUACACGUGAUCGGAUUAUAUUUUGAUCAUAAAUCGCUGCAUUCGUCGUCAAGAAGUUUUUUCGAACAGCACCAUCACAACAUUUACUCUUUAAAUGCGAUUAAUUUGUUGAGUCAACACAACUGGAUAAAAGCAUUUUUCUUACCUUCAAUGAGUUGUUUUGAUAAUUGCUAUAACGCAUUUCGACGGAGCUCAUGGCAUGGAUUGGAUGCAUCGCAUAAUUACCGUACGGAUUUCAGAGCAUUGUUUAUCGGUGUAGGAUGCAUGUUUUUCCAUCAAAUGUGUGGAAUAAAUGUAAUGGUAUCAUACAUGAUUCAUACAAUUAAAAUGGCUGACAUUCAUGUAGACCCUAAAACGGUUUUCAUCACAUUAGAAAUUGUUCAGGUCAUUGUGAUGUGUAUCGCAAUAAUUAUCAUAGACAGCAGAGGUCGUCGCAUAUUAUUAAUAUCUUCGGCAGUUAUUAUGUGUUUUUGUUUUGCUAGUUUGGCAUUUUGCAACUUUUUUAAAAUGCAACUAAAUGCUACUACAUUGAAUAAUAUAUCAAUGAUUUGCAUUAUGUUUUUCAUUUUGGCUUAUUCUUUAGGAUUUGGACCAGUGCCUUGGGUUAUAGUGGGAGAAAUAUUUUCGAUGAAAGUAAAACCGUACGGAGUAAGCUUAGCCACAGCUAUAAACUGGCUAAUGAUGUUAGCAGGUGCUUAUUUUCCAAACGAAAACAACACAUUUUUAGAAAUCGAAUAUGUCUUCUUGGUUCGCUUUGUUUUAUGCUUGUUUGGUGCAUUAUUUGCGUGGUGGUUCAUACCAGAGACAAAAAAAAUCAGCUUAACACAGAUCCAGUUGGAAAUAGAUGCUAAUUUUGAAGUUAUAUCAUAUAUACCAGUUUAAUAAUAUAUAGUACUAUACCUACUA